UGCAAAGAAGCAAGCUUGCCCUCUGCCCUAAGGAAAGAAAGCAGAACAGAAGGACGUUCAUCUUUCGUCAAAAGACCUAGUUCGUACGUUUUCUUUUCCCCAUUGUCAAAAGGCACCCAUGCUCCUUCUGACUGCUUUUCACUGUGUUUUUCUAUAGCAUUAUUUCACAAUAUAAUUUCCCUCUCUGCUUGGCCGCACUCUCCUCCCCUAAGCAACGCAGAGGAUGCGAAUCACCCAGACAACAUCACCCAGGCUCCAUCACUGCUCCUACCACUACGUGACAUUCGGGAGCUGCAAGCACGGGAUGAACUGCAUAUCCUACCACCCUCCGAAGCUCUCUGAACCAGAACGGCGUGCCCCUUCCGGCGACCAGCAGGAACAGGUGCUGGAGUACCCGCAGCGACACGGGGAGCCCGACUGCUCCUACUACGUCAAGUUCGGCAGCUGCAAGUACGGGAUGAACUGCAUGUUCAACCACCCUCCGAACCCCUCCGUAGCUUUACUUCAAGCCCACGAGAAGCAGGAGCCGGAGCCGGAGUACCCACGGCGCCCUGGGGAGCCCGACUGCUCCCACUACGUCAAGUUCGGCAGCUGCAAGUACGGGAUGAACUGCAUAUUCAACCACCCUCCGAACCCCUCUGGAUGGCAACGGCAGUGGCAUGCCCGUGCCGGCGACAAGCCGGAGCAGGAGACGGAGUACCCGCAGCGCCCCGGGGAGCCCGACUGCUCCUACUACGUCAAGUUCGGGAGCUGCAAGCAUGGAAUGAACUGCAGGUUCAACCAUCCUCUCCGCAAGCUGGUGAUGGUACAAACUCAGUCAUACAAUCGCUAUGAUCUGGCGGACAGCCGUGAAUGGCGUUCACAUUCUCCACGAACUCAGUCAUACAAUCGCUAUGAUCGGGCAGACAGCCGUGAAUGGCGUUCACGUUCUCCACAAACUCAGUCAUACAAACGCUAUGAUCUGGCAGACAGCCGUGAAUGGCGUUUACGUUCUGCACAAACUCCUGUGGCUGUUAGUGAAGAGAAAUCUUCGAACAACAUCCAUGAAGCAGAAGAAUCCAAUGAUUCAAGCGGGAAGCAAGAACAACUUUACAAGCAUGGUCAAUUGUGCUUCCAGCUUGAAUCUAAAGCUCAGGCUUCACAAACUGUUGAUGUACCUGAGGACAUCUUGGAACUCAAGAAAGACAUUGAUGUAGAACUUCAUGAUGAAGAUCAUAGAUGGGCUCACAAUGACUGGAAUGUACAAACUAAGUCGUACAAUCGCUAUGAUCUGGCAGACAGCCGUGAAUGGCGUUCACGUUCUCCACAAACUCAGUCAUAUAAACGCUAUGAUCUAGCAGACCGCCGUGAAUGGCGUUUACGUUCUGCACAAACACCUGCGGCUGUAAGGGAAGAGAAAUCUUGGAAUAACAUCUGUGAAGCAGAAGAAUCCAAUGAUUCAAGCGGGAAGCAAGAACAACUUUACAAGCAUGGUCAAUUGUGCUUCCAGUUUGAAUCUAAUGCUCAGGCAAUGAUGGAUUGCGAGAAGUUUCGCUUUACACCACUAGAGAAUGUCCAUGUGCCAAAUAUAAUGUUUGAGGAUAUGCUGGAUUCAAGUUCAACAGCGCCUGAAGCUAAUUUGGCAAUCAAUACUACUAUUGGAAGCAAGCAAGAUUCCCGAGAUGCAAGCUUUAUUGGCACAAAUGAUAAGGAUGUUCGUAAGAAAUCUGAAGAGGCAAUGUUAAGAAAAUCUUCUAAUCAAGAACCAAAUUCAACGAAGCCCGAGAAAAAUUACAUGCAUCAAGAAUUCAAUCAUCCAGUUGACUUUGGUGAUAAUGUGAGCCCAAGAAAUUCUUCGGCAUUAUUGAGGAUCAAUCAAGUCGGAUGCAGUAUUUCCGAGAUUAUGGAGUUAGUUAUUGAAGCUGGAGCUGUGGAGGGCAGUGAUGAACAUUUUAUUGCUACCCAAUUAUUUAUUAGACCAGAAUAUAGGGAAAUGUUUCUUACUCAUACUACUAAAGGAAGACAUGUGUGGCUUAAAAGGAUGUGCCAAUUGAAGAAAUAACUAUAGGAUCUUCGUUCAACUGUACCUACUUCUACCCUAAAAGAAGUUGAUGAGACCAUCUAAAAGUGAUGUAUUC